UGCCUCUGCCGAAGCGAGCAGCUUCAUUCGGGGAGCGCGAGCCUCGCAGCCGCCGCCGCCACCACUGACCACCCGACCGCCCGCCACAGCCAGCGUCCUCCGCGAUGUCGGCUAAUGCUGCUGCCCCACCUGCGGCUGCCGGAGGAGAGGCCGGGGGUCCCCCCGCCGCCCCACCCAAUCUCACCAGUAACCGGAGGCUCCAGCAAACCCAGGCUCAAGUGGAUGAGGUCGUGGAUAUCAUGCGAGUGAACGUGGACAAGGUCCUAGAGAGAGAUCAGAAACUUUCGGAGCUGGAUGACCGCGCCGAUGCCCUUCAAGCCGGAGCGUCUCAAUUCGAAACCAGCGCCGCCAAGCUUAAGCGCAAAUACUGGUGGAAGAACUUAAAGAUGAUGAUUAUUCUGGGGGUGAUAUGCGCCAUUAUCUUGAUCAUCAUCAUUGUUUACUUCAGUACUUAGUGGGAAUUCUCCGAGACAUUUCCCCAACCAGGAGCAGCGGCCGGGAGAGGCGCACGGGGCCGAGUCUUCCAGCGCCAGUUACGCCCCCCAACCCCAGACCCUCCACCUUACAUCCCCUCCCUCACCCCCCCCUUCCCCGUGUGUGUGUGUGCGUGUGAGCGUGGCGUUGCGUGUGGGUGUCUUGUAAAUAGCACAAUUUGUUAUUUAUACAUAUACAUAUAUACAUAUAUAUAUAUACAUAUAUAUAUAUACAUAAAAUAUAUAUAUAUUAUAUUAUAUUUUGUCUGUUUGUAGAUUUCUAUCUAGACUUUCUAUGUGUUGCGGAAUUGGCCCCUUUUUCUCCGUGGUUGUUUUUUUUUUUUUUUCCAGUGUCUUGAUUUUUAGCGACAAAUCUUCAAGGACCAAGGCCACGCCCGCCCGAUUCUCACCUCCGUGGUUCCCCCCUUCUCCAAUUCGGUGCCCCCCCCCAUUUCCCGCCCCUGUCCCUCCCCU